UCUGUACACAGCUCGGUAUGAAUUCUAUAUAGGUUGGAGUGCCUGUAGCCAUUCCGUACAAUAUUCCUGUCGGGAAGUUUACUUUAUUGAGGUUGUAAAUCUUGUCACUCCACUGUAGUACACUGAUUAGUCACGGGUUUUACACAAGUGGUUAAAUCCAAGCGUACCAGCGGUGACUAUUUCCAAACAGAGUAGGACCACACGAUUUUCGCGGAAAACUUCAACUAGUGAGAAAAUAAGGACACAACGUGUCGAAAUGUACAGACCGACUUAAUUAUUUAAUUAUGUUAGAAAAGUAAGAAUUGUACAUAAUCAUUAAGACCAACAUCCAUGUAGGUACAAACAUUCAAAUGGUCCAUUUUAAGUGGUUGGGAGCUGUUUGUUUUGUGUGCCUGGAACAGAAUAGAAUAGAAUGGUGAGGGUAAAGGUGAAUCUGCAAAGAUUACAAAACCCUGCAAAUCGCCGGGUUACAUUUUCCAAACGCAAAGCGGGACUGUUGAAGAAGGCCAGCGAGCUUUCUGUCCUCUGCGACGCUGAAAUUGGUCUCAUCAUUUUCUCGGCGACAGAAAAACUUCACGAAUUCGCUAGUCCCAGCAUGAACAGAAUAAUUGGGAAGUAUAAAAAAGAUUGCGCUUUGAUAGGACACCACAUAGAACUACUAGAACAUAUACAGACAUUGCAUUUGGAAUUGGAGAACUUACAAAAAGAGACAACACAUUCAGAAAAAGUGUGCAAACAUAUGAUUGGUGAAGACCUGGAUGUACUAAAAUUCAAAGAACUACAAAAACUUGAAAAGAAAAUUAGUUUGGGUGCUAGAAAGAUACGCUUAAGAAAGGAAAAACUGCUUAGACUGGAAAGCGCUAAUCUGGAAAGAAAGAUUGGUAGAAAUCACAAGGCAUGCCACCUUAAUGUUGACAUCAUCGAAGGAGUCAACGAUUAUUUGGAAACAGAUGCUGCAACUCAACAAGAUCUGCCUCAAACUAACCUUAAUCUCACGUAAUUCAUUAUGAUAAUUGCUGCUAAAUGAUUCUCCUUUCUCUCGAAAGACAAAUUUUAAUGAAGAGAUUGUGUGUGCAGUCUUACAUGAACUCAUUUAAGACGCUGUGAAGUUCAACUCUCUUUAAGAAGAUCAUAUACUUUACAAAUCCAAAGAUUCCAUUAGAGUCAUUAGACUCACAAAUCUUGUAACAUUGUUUACUGUCUAUAGACUUAUUGGACCUUGAGUAUUUUUUCUUUUAAAAGUAAUUAUAUGAAAUUGAAAAAAAAUCCAAGAGUAAAUUUCAAAGCGCCUUAUGGUUCUCUUUUA